GUUUUCACUGAUAUAAGCAACUAGAAUUUUCAACUGGUGCUAUGAAGACAUUUAAGCGCGCAUAUAGCCACUAUUCAGUUUACGUAUCUUUUAAAUUCACCAACAGCCUGUGUCAAAUGCGUGCCUGACAGACCAUACUCGGGGUAAUACAACAAGAAGUCUUUGCUACCUUCUCGACCAGUCGGGCAUACUGCAGACUUACCUCUCCGACCUGGACGUGAUUUUUGUUGGAUGUUUGCUCUCUUCCAAGACUUUGACAUGUCCACUGUAAGGCUGCUUCUGUCUUGUCUGUUGUUUAAAGAGGUCCUUGCGCUGUCAGGUAAGUGCGCAAAAUGCGUCUAUAGUAUUUUUAGUUUAACUUUAUUAAAGAGCAGAUGGAACUUCGUGUGCGUAAUUACGCAUCGCCUUUAUCCAGGGAGCUUCUGGCACAUCACAGAUCAGCACUGGGACCCUACAUACAAGCUGACAGAUGAUCCUGAACUUGUGUGCGCAUCAAGUGGAAAUCGACCUGCAGCCAGUGCAGGAGCGUUCGGAGAUUACGCUUGUGACUCGCCGUGGCACCUCAUCAACUCGUCCGUAUAUGCUAUGAAGGAUAUUCUGCCUGACCCGGACUUCAUCGUAUGGACUGGAGAUGACACCCCCCAUGUUCCAAAUGAGGACCUGGGAGAAGAAGCAGUGCUCCACAUUAUCGGCAACCUUACCCACAUCUUAAGCCUAGUGUUUCCCAACACUAAAAUAUACUCAGCCCUGGGUAACCAUGAUUACCACCCUAAGAACCAGCUCCCUGCCAGCCCAAACUACAUGUAUGACCAAAUAGCAGAAAUGUGGAAGGAUUGGCUGGAUCCAGACUCCCAAGGAACAUUUAAAAAAGGUGGAUAUUAUACAGAAAAGCUUCUGAAUCGGGCAGGUUUCAGGAUGAUAGUCCUCAACACCAAUCUCUAUUAUGACCAGAACAAUGUAACUGGGAACUUGGAAGACCCAGCUGACCAGUUUAGCUGGGUGGAUCAGGUUCUUACAGAGGCUGCUAUCAACAAAGAAAAGGUGUACAUCAUUGGCCAUGUUCCUCCUGGUUUCUUUGAGAAGAAGAGAAGUAAGCCUUGGUUCAUGCCUAAAUUCAACAAGCAAUAUGUGGAUUUAAUCCAGAAACAUCAUCCAGCCAUACUUGGACAGUUCUUUGGGCAUCAUCACACUGAUAGCUUCAGGAUGUUCUACAACUCAGAAAACUUGCCUAUCAGCACAAUGUUUCUCAGUCCUGGUGUCACACCAUGGAAAACAACACUUCCAGGAGUAGUGGAUGGAGCAAACAAUCCUGGGAUUCGUGUAUUUGAAUAUGACACCCAAACACUCCUGGUUAAAGAUGUGGUGACCUAUUAUCUGAACCUGACGCACGCUAAUGCAGCCCAAGGACGCUGGGAGAAGGAGUAUCGCCUCACAGAGAGCUUCAGAGUACCUGAUGCCUCCCCGUCCUCCAUGCACCAGGCUCUGGAGCGUAUUGCUAACGAUCGCUGCUACCUACAGAAAUAUUAUGACUUUAACUCUGUCAGCUAUGAUCUGACAGAGUGUGACAGCAACUGCCGUGUUGACCACGUGUGUGCAGCCAGAGAGGUAGACUUUGACAGGUAUGAACACUGUGUGGAAAAAGAAGGAACAGCUGCUAUUUAUGGGGGUUUAUUGCCAGUCCUUUCUGUGGCUGUAAGUCUGCUGUUAGUUAAUCGGUGAUGAUCAUCCAUUUCAAAGUUUAUUAACAGCUAUUUGUGAGGAGACUUGAACUCACAUGCAAUAUAACUUUUUAUAGUGAUCUUUAAAUUAUAUGACAUUCAUAAUUUAUGUAAGUCAUUGACUAGACGUGCCUUAGCAAGAGCUCUGGCUCCAACAAUUUUAAUGUUUCCUUCUCACUUUGGUUUACCGGUUAUGAUAGAGUAUUUCAUCUCCAUGCUCAAAAAACCUCAAAAAUUAGCAAAUGUAUUUUUCUUUUCCUAGAUAAAUAUCUAAUUACAAAGACAAUAUGCCACAUUCACCAGACAAAUACUAAUAAAACCCUUGCUUUAGGAUAUUAGAAGCAAAAUAAUAGCUCUUGAUUGCUUGUACAGUGUAAAACUGGCUGUAAAAUUUACUAGUUUCCUGAAACAAUACAUUAAAUCUAAUCUUGAGACCAAAUUUUGCUUGCAGCACUGGCAGCUAUUUUCACUAAUAAGCAAUUUGGGCCUGAUUGUUUUGCUUGUCAUAUCCUUAAUUAAGAUGCUUUUUUGUAUUUGUCACAUAAUGUGGCUUUUAGUGGGUGUAAUUAAAUUUACUUAAAGGAACUAGACACAAACACUUGCCAAGUUUUGAAUUUUUGCAUUACACUUGAUAAACUUAAACUGCACUAUAGCUCAAGAGGUCACGAUAUAGACCAUAAAACUGUAAUGAUCUGGAUCAAAUCCAGACCCUGGACCCAUCCUGACCCUCCAUCUUUACUGUAUCUAUUUAAAGAAAAAUGAGCUUACUUAAAAAGUUGUUUAUUGAUUUAUUAGCACACUCACAACAGUAAAUCUGUUGUUAAAUUGUUAUAACACCUGCUCAUGUCCAUAUAACUUUGAAUAAAUGCAACCUGUUACUAAGUUUAUCAGAUAAAAUUGAAUUAUCUGGAUU